GUAAAUUGCCCAGUUUCAGGUAUGUCUUUGUAUCAGCAGUGUGAAAGUGGAUUAACAUACUCCCUCAAACGGGGAUGAUCAUGAUCAUUACAAUAGCUACAAUCUUAAUAUUUUUAAAGCACAGUACCUAGAAUCCACUAAUCUAUGAACUGAUCUUGAGCAAGCCUGUUUCCUACUCAGACCCCAAGCUCAGUAUGAACGUAACUUUCCAUGCCUCUGUGCAAUGCUGCAAAAGGCCUGCAUUCUUAGAGUCCAUAGGAGUGUGCUCAAAACACAAAAGUCCCAGUGACCCCGCACGGCUUGACAUCAAAGCAAAGGUGGCAGGAGUGUGUCCCCUGGCCACUUGCCUUCUCACUCGAACAGACUGUGGAUGUAGCACUUGCUCGUGGGUAAUUGUGGAUCUGACUUUCCAAAAGUACAAGUAUGUGGCCACUUUAAUCACUGAGCUUCAGUUUCGCUCUCUGUAAAAUAGGGAGAACUAAUAAUCCUAGCUGCAGGGAUUAAAUGGUGGAUGCAAACAGCCUUGUACGAAGUUGUUAUCUGUACAGAGGAAAAAGCGGGUGUCACUGGCAUGGAAAGACCCGGAGGAUACAGCCCAGCCUUUCUCUGUCUUGUUCAUCUCCUGGUCUUUUAAACGGGAGUGGGGCGGGGCCACGGCAUCGAUCACUCAGCACUCCUCUAGGCACUGCGUCGUGAUCAGACGAGCGGUGAGCGAUCGAUACUCCUAUGCUAGCCUCUGACUCUUCGGGAGAGACAGCCGCGUCGUCGGACCAAAAGCAACCAGUAGUCGCCAGCCCAAAGGCGACUCGACACCGUCCCAGCUGAAGAGAGGCACGUGUCUGACUGAGCCGGCAGUGACCUGAUGGCUGGAGACCCCCACUGCCCCGCAGAGCCCCUGGCCAGAGAAGGCACUCUUUGGGAGGCCCUCAGGGCACUCCUGCCGCACACUAAAGAAGACCUGAAGUUGGACCUCGGGGAGAAGGUGGAGAGGAGCAUGGUGACGUUGUUGCAGCGAGCCACUGAGCUCUUCUACGAGGGCAGGAGGGACGAGUGUCUGCAGACCAGCGAGGUAAUCCUGGACUACUCCUGGGAGAAGCUCAACACGGGCACGUGGCGGGACGUAGACAAAGACUGGCGCCGGGUCUACGCCAUCGGCUGCCUCCUGAAAGCCCUGUGUCUGUGCCAGGCACCUGAGGAUGCCACCACUGUGGCCACGGCCCUGCGGGUCUGUGACAUGGGCCUGCUGAUGGGGACGGCCAUCCUGGGGGACAUCCUCCUUAAAGUCGCCGCCAUCCUCCAGACACACCUUCCUGGAAAGAGGCCUGCCCACGGCUCCACCCCGGAGCAGCCCUGCACAAAGAAAGCAAAGACGGACUAUGGUUCGAUUCCAGAUGUGAACUUAGAAAGAACAGUCCCCCGGCUGCACCGUCCGUCCCUCCAGCAUUUCAGGGAGCAGUUUUUGGUUCCAGGGAGGCCCGUGAUCCUGAAAGGCGUGGCUGACCACUGGCCGUGCAUGCAGAAGUGGAGUUUGGAGUAUAUCCAAGGUAUCGCUGGCUGCCGAACCGUCCCAGUGGAAGUUGGUUCGAGGUACACAGACGAGGAAUGGUCCCAGACACUCAUGACGGUCAACGAGUUCAUCAGCAAAUACAUCGUGAAUGAGCCGAGGGACGUCGGCUACCUUGCUCAGCACCAGCUCUUUGACCAGAUCCCGGAGUUGAAGCAGGACAUCAGCAUCCCCGACUACUGCAGCCUGGGCGAUGGGGAGGAGGAGGAGAUCACCAUCAAUGCCUGGUUUGGUCCCCAGGGAACCAUCUCCCCCCUACAUCAGGAUCCCCAGCAGAACUUCCUAGUCCAGGUGAUGGGGAGGAAGUACAUCCGGCUGUAUUCCCCGCAGGAGUCGGGGGCUCUGUACCCUCAUGACACGCACCUUCUCCAUAACACGAGCCAGGUCGACGUGGAGAAUCCUGACCUCGAGAAGUUCCCCGAGUUUGCCAAGGCCCCAUUCCUGUCCUGCAUCCUGUCUCCUGGAGAGAUCCUGUUCAUACCCGUGAAAUACUGGCAUUACGUGCGGGCUCUGGAUUUGAGCUUCUCGGUCAGCUUCUGGUGGUCGUAGCCAGGCUAGGAGCUGAAAGGGCCGGACAUGCAGACAGCACUCAUCUGUUCACUGAUUUCCUGCUCUGUGCCCUACCUGGUGCUGGGUCCUGGAAUCAAUAGAGACAAGCGGGACUGAACCUGUGUCCUGAAGAGCCUUCACUGCCCAGUGGCAGCCCUGGGAGGCUGAGCUUCAGCACUGGACGGGCACAGAGCGGGGGCUGCCCAGGAAGGAGCACACUCCAGGUCGGGGGUGCAUGACAGGAAGGUGGGGAGAGCCCAGAAGGACCCUGCAGGCAGACAGCCUGCUUGGGGACGCCGGCAUCAGAAAGCCUAACGUGUUUGGGAAACGGGUGGGUCACACGGGCAGGGGUGAAACGUGGGCUCUGAGGUUGUCUACUCGACUCAGACCCGGCCGCGCUGCGUACCUGCUGCGUGACUUGGCCAGGAUCCCCCGCUUCGUUGUGCCCACGUGGAAAAGAGGGCAAGGCCAGUCCUCACUGCAGAGGGCCGAGGAGGCAGUGCCGAGCCCCUGCUGCUGCAUGAACCUUAGCCGCUGCCACUGAUCCCAAUUACUCUGAUCCUUCUGCCCUUCCUUCCCUUAACUGGGCCUGCUGGACGCCACAGCCUGAAUACUGGAGAGAGCUGGGCAUUGCCCAGGUCACAGGAGAGAGUCCAUAGGGGCCUGCUCAGGCGCCCAGACCCCUGCUGGGCAGUGGGAGCUUUCUGUCAUCGUCAUGGCUAAAGGAUAACCCACCUGCCUGCAGUGAAGUGCAAAGGUCUGGCUGGAUGACUUUGCACCCGCACUCAUCCAGGAGCAGGCUCCCAAGUGAAGAAACCACUGAACCAUCACCAGCCCCUGGAAGCCUCCCUCUAGCCACCUUCUAGUCACCAUCCCCCAGAAGUAAUGACUGUCAAACCGGUGGAAGGUUUGAGGCCGGGGGGACACCCAGGCUCCGUGCUUUCCGUAGUUGUGUCUUGUGUGCACGCAGGUUUGUUUUAUGUUUCGGCCAUUAAGACUUUCCCCAGCCCUCUGUGUUUUGUUUUUUAAACUAAAUAGAGAUGGGAUCUUGCUGUGUUGCCCAGGCUGGUCUUGAACUCCUGGGCUUAAGCGAUCCUCUCACCUUGGCCUACCAAAGUGCUGGGGUUACAGGUAUGAGCCACCAUGCCAGCCUUGGCUUCUUUCUUCCCCCCUUCCAAGACAGGCCUGGGGAAAAGAGCCCCGGGGGUUCAGCUGCCAUCCUGCCAGCACCUUGACCACUGGCUCAGCUGCUUGGCUUCUAGCUAAAAAUCAAGCCGUCUCUGGUUGGCCAGGGGGUAGCUACCCUGGGGUAACUAGAAGGGGGAUGGGAAGGUGGCCACGGGCAGCUGGGACUCUAGUUCCUGAUGCCCUCUGUACCCAGGCCAAGGAAUUUGACCUUUAUUGGGUAGGUCCUGGGGUUCUCGGCCUUUGAGCAGACACCAGCAACAUCUGCACUCUCGAAAGCUGGCUGUUGGCAGGGAGAGGCCGUGGCACUUACUCAUCCUGGGAGUGGGCUGCUGAGCGGCCGUGCGUGUGCCAGGGACUGACACACACAACAGCUAUCUGGAAGUGGAGUCCACUUGGCUCCGUGGGCAGCUGCUUGCAAGGACAUUGUUUAUUCCCUGCCGUUGUUAAUAGUCAAUUACCUAAUCUUUCAUAGGAAGAAUUUACACUAGAUGUCAACACCCCUGAAAGUAGGGAGGCAUAAAACAGGGACGCCCCAUGACUAGGUUCACCAUUAGUGAGGAGCGGUGGCUCCUGGCCCGCAUGUGUAACUCAUACCCCUUCCCCAGCGGAAGGACAGGCGGGUUGUGGCCUCAGCUCCCAGUGGCCCAGCCGCUCCAUCCGCUCCGGCUGGCAGGCCCCAUGGCCCAUCUGUAGCGUAGUGUGACAGAAAGCUGGGCAUGGGAGGCCACGUUCAUUAACGUAUGGUAUCCUGGCCAGGAGGCUUCCAGCAAAUGUCCCUUGUCAGAUGAGGAACGGGAAAAGGGGAAAUGGCCCUGCCCUGUGGGUGAGGUUCCAGCGUUCCUAGGAAUCCCAGUCUGAGGGUGACUUCAGCCCUCUGAGGAAGGUGGACUCUGAAGCCAGCUUGGAACCCAAGCGCCGAACAGUUGGUCACAGACCAAGGAGAGGCACGUGCACGAGCCCCUGCCUGAGAUGUGGCCACAGCAGUCAGGACACUGAUACUGCCAUCACAGACACAGGACACAGCUAGCAGGCCUGUCACUGACCAGAUGAGGCCCCUGCCCUCAUGGUAUUUUAACAUAAUGGCAUCAGGCUGGGGUGCGGGGGGGGCAAUAAGGACAUGGGAAUACAAGAAGACAGUGUCACGCCGUGAUUAGUGCCAUGAAAGCAACAGAGCAGGGUGACAGGGUGGAAAAUGGCAGCCAGGGAUGGACUGGUGGGGCCAGAGUUUUUUGAUAGUUGACAUUUGAAGAGCAAGAGCUUGACUGGGAAUCCAGAAUCGGCCAUGAGACUUGAGGCCCAGCUGGUGACAGCAGGUACAGCAGCCCUGAGACAGGAAAGUCCCAGUCUGGGGACAGGGGAGGUAGGAGUCAAGGCGGCUGGGGCAGAGAGGGGAGAUGGUAGGAAGGGGGAUAUCAAGGCCAUGGGGCCUGGGGGACCAGCAGGGGAAGGCACUGGGGGGCUCAGCCUGGGAGGGACAGGUCUGCAGCUGCUGUGCAGACAAGGGCCUACAAGGGGACCCUGGGAAGCAGGCCAGUCCGUAAUUCCUGAGUGAUAAGGUCGGGGCACCGGCGGGGAAGCAUGGCAGUGAAAGAGAAGGUUGGCGGGGUAAUAAAGGCUUUGAAUGCCA